AUGAGUCGGGGCAGCUAUGAGCGACUACCUAUGUACGCGUCUUCAGACUCUUCCUCCUCCCGUCAUAGACACUCACAGCGAGUGCUCCACUUCAAUUUUCCGUCGGAUGAUACCAUAACCUUACCACAAACCCGUCCCAGGUCACGGACACAUCCGUCGCAAUACACGUCCUACUUCAAAGGCCGAAUAUGGAAUGUCCUCAAGUUUGCCCUUCCCUCAUCCCUCCUCCUUUUUCUUCUCGGCUUCUACCUAUAUGAACCACACGUCGAGCUCGCAUUCUACUCACGAACGUGGACCCAGAAGCAGAUAUUCCCUGUACCCAAGCUCUCCGGCUGCUUCAACGAAAACAGGGUACACUCAACUUACAACCUUACGGAUGGUCUUUAUGGCCCACGGAGGACAGAGGUGCAAGCGGGCAUGUCUUUACGUUUCGGCGAAGACUGCUACAACUUGGCGGGAACCAUUCAGCCAGCGCCGCGCCGGUCGGCGAACCAUAUACCCCCGGAUGAGCGGACACAAUACCACACGUACUGGAGGAACGAUCUCGCUGUUUUCGGACCAAGACAAGAGUGGAUGCUGAAAUCUUUCUUCGCUACCCAGCAUCUCCCCACCUCCCGUCUAAUAUUAUGGUCCAAUGGUGAACUAGGGCCGAACGACAUUCUCACAAAGUACCUCAACCAAUACCCCGACUCGUUUGCGCUUCGUAUUGUCGACAUUUCGUCGUUGGCGAGGGGCACAUUUCUUGAAGGAAGCCAGCUUUUGGUCUCGAAAGACAAGAAAGCCUGGAUUGACGGAGAUCUCAUUCGACUCCUCCUGCUGUGGAACUAUGGGGGUGUUUGGGUUGACAUGGAUUCGUUGUUAACGCGAGACUUGGACCCGCUGUUGGAGCAUGAGUUUGUAACACAAUGGGAUUGUUACGACAAACUGUACCAACCACUUAACGGCGCAUUAAUGCGCUUCAAAAAACACUCGCCCUAUUUGUGUGAAGCAUUCCACAUUAUGGGCACCGACGACGCGCCCCGACCAGGCAGCACGGACUGGGGCUCUUUGCUUUACCUAAAAAUGUAUCGCGCGCUGCUCGCUGGCGGUAUACCCCCGUUCAAAGUCCUCCCAUUCUGCUUCAGCGACGCGCGGUCAUGUCGACUCGACAACCGCCUUCCAGACCCGUUUGUUCCCGACAGCUCCUCCGGCAAUCGAAUGGGCAUGUGGAAUGGCGCCAUGCAGGAGGACGGGAAGCUCCACGGAGCGAUCAGAAAAAUAUUCGGGAUUCAUCUGCAUAACCAGUGGGACAAACCGUUCCCAGAGGGCGGUUGGGUGGAUAGACUGUUACUCAAGGAGUAUGAUAGGAGGCUGAGAGGGCUAUAA